AUGAGGACAUCACAUCCUGCCGAUCGAGAUGCACAGAUACCGGCAACGGAGAGCUCUCCGUUGUUAGGCUCUCAGGCGGUGAAUGGUUCAUCCCCAGGUGUUCUGACAGCUGAGACAGCUGAGGGGAAUGGACAUGGCAAGCCUGACGAAGAAACGGCAGGUGGGAAUGGAAUUGACGACGCAAGAAUUGCCCAAUUCAAGGGUAUACCAGAAUUGCAGGCACGAUUGAAAUAUAUCGUGCCGGCCAUCACAAUUGGGGUCUUCCUCUCGUCCGCCGACCAGACUAUUAUCGUUGCAAGUUAUGGCAAGAUUGGCAGUGAUCUCAAGGCUCUCAAUUUGACCAGUUGGAUCGCUACCUCCUAUUUCCUAUCCCUGACCGCUUUCCAACCGCUAUAUGGCCGUCUUAGUGAUAUAUUCGGGCGAAAGGCAUGUCUGCUAUUUGGAUAUACGAUAUUCGGUACCGGAUGUGUCUUGUGCGGACUGGCUCAGAAUAUAAAUCAACUGAUUGCUGCAAGGGUAUUCCAAGGCAUUGGAGGCGGGGGCCUAUCGACUGUUGUAAGCAUAAUCAUGAGUGACAUCGUUCCAUUGAGAGAUCGUGGCGUCUGGCAAGGUGUCAUUAAUAUCGUUUGGUCGGCUGGAUCUGGACUUGGAGCACCUCUAGGUGGCUUUUUGGCAGACACUAUUGGCUGGCGAUGGGCAUUCCUCGCGCAAGGGCCAUGCUGUUUGCUUGCAUUUGCAGUAGUACUGUUCACCCUAAAAAUGCCAGCCACCGAUCAGUCAAACUGGCGGGAAAAACUGAAACGAGUCGACUUCUUCGGAGCAUUUGUUCUCGUUGUUGCUGUCUUUGGACUUAUCCUUGGUCUAGACCGUGGAGGGAAUGUUUCAUGGACCCUACCUAUAACUAUCAUAUCGCUCGCUGUAUCUGCGGUAGCGUUUAUCUUAUUUAUGGUAGUUGAAUCCCGAUUCGCUGUGGCGCCAUUUGCUCCUAUUCACAUCACGUUCGGUCGCGGCCUACUUGCAUGCUACCUCACCAACUUCUUUAGCAUUGGUGGAUGGCUUGCCGCAAUCUUUUAUAUACCUCUCUUCUUCCAGGCUAGCGAUGGCAGCUCUGCCGCCAGUGCUGGCAUGAAACUCCUGCCAUCGAUCUUGCUGGGAGUGUCUGGCUCAUUAUUCGGAGGAUGGCUAAUGAAGAAGACCGGCAAGUACUAUUGGAUUACCGUUUGGUCUUACGGUUUAUUGUCCGUUGGGCUUAUUAUGAUCGUAUUGUGUUCCGGAGUGAUCAUCAAGAGCACCCCGCUAAUAAUUAUCGGGAUGACCAUGUGCGCUUUCGGAAACGGCAUUGGGGUUACCACUACACUGAUUGCAUUAAUUGCAAAUGCGCCCCCCGAGGAUCAAGCCGUCGCGACUGCCUGCUCAUAUCUAUACCGAUCACUAGGGUCAGUCAUUACAAUAUCGUUAUCCGCCAGUAUUGUCCAACAAUACCUUCGGACUUCCUUACGAUCAGCAUUAAAGGGAAACAAAAACAUCGAAGAGAUUGUUAAUGGGGUCAGACAGAGUCUUGAUUAUAUCAAAAGCCUUGACCCCCAGACCAGGGAAGUGGUCCGAGACUGUUAUGGCCGUGCCACAACCACAGCGUUUACGUUUAUGGCCGGCCUCGUUUUCUUCGCAUUGGUCAGUGCCGUAUUCAUACGAGAGCAGAAGUUGAGCGCAUAG